CAUCGAAAACGUGAAAGUUGCAGUUAGCGACGGAAACAAGCUAGUGGCUAAAAGCAAUUAUCAGUUCAGAAAUUUAAAGGAAGUACUUUUAACGUUAUAAUUGUAUUUUAUGGAGAUGGUUGUAAUAGAUUUGGUAUUUCAGAUACACUCGGUCUUAACUAGAAAAAUAAAAUAAAACGACGUUAACGAGCUAACUUGUUAGCAUUACCUUCAGGAUGUCGAGAUGUUUACAACAAGUUUCACAGCGGAGCAGCAGAGGGAACUAGCCAAGAAACUCGCCACCUUUCUGUCUCAGUACAGCCACCUGUCCGACUCCUACAUAAUUGAAUUCUUCACAGAAGAUCUGUGGCACACAUUACCCAACAGCUGGCAGCCUGUGUUGCAGGACCUGUCAUAUCCACAGAUUGCAGACCUAUUGCUGGAUGCCACUCAUGAAGACAGGAGAUAUCCUUCGGUGUGGCCUCUGUCUCUCUUGGCUUUCCGUGCCACAGCCCAUGCCCUGGCAUUUCCUAGGGAGAGCAGGAGUGAGGGAUGCAGAGUAGGUGGGUCAGUGAAGCCAAAGGAGUUCCUGGAAAAUCACAGUCAGAGCUCCCUCCUGGGUCACAUUUUCAGGAAGCAUGUUAAACCCAAGAAACAGCAUGAGAUUCGCAAGCUCGGCACACUGGUUAAGCAACUUUGUGAGCAGACUGUUUGCAACAGAGUGGUCGAUGUGGGCUCUGGGCAGGGUCAUCUGACUCGUUUCCUGUCCUUUGGACUUGGACUUUGUGUGACUGCUAUUGAAGCUGAUCCAACCCUGGUUGCUAUGGCAUCCAAGUUUGAUGGACAGUUGGUGUGGGCCUUGGAGAAGGAGAAGCAGAAAACGAACUGCUCCUCUCACAUUCCAGCACAAAAUUUUCCUCGCCACAUUGCCGGUUGGGUAAACCCGAAGGCAUCGUGGGAGGCUUUCAUCAGACAGCUAAAAGCUGCAGAUCAUGUCAGUGAAGGUCCCCCGACUCCAUCUGGACCCAGCAAAAAGAAACUGCGAGGCUCUGUGCAACAGGGAAGCCUCCAUGUAGUUCAGACUUCUUAUGCUCGUUGUGAUUCUAACUCUCAAGAGUCUGAACUGUCAAAACAACAAAAGUCAAAAAAGAUGUCCGGAGUGGAAUUCGUUGACGAAAAAUGCUGCUCAUGCAUCCACUCUGACAAUCACGAGGGGGUAUACUCUGAGGAAGUCAGCCUGCAAGGCUAUCCAAACUUUGUCCUGACUGGUCUCCAUGCCUGCGGUGACCUCAGUGCCACCCUCCUUCGCCAUUUUGUCAAAUGCCCGCAUGUGCGCGGUAUCACCUCAGUGGCAUGCUGUUACAUGAAAAUCACAACCAAAGAAAACCCCACCCCUCCAGGACUGGUCAUACCGCCUGCUCCACCAACACCGGAUCAAGAGUCAGUUCAGUCAGAGUUUGGCUACCCGAUGAGCUCCUGGGUGUCAGGGCUGUCGGGACAUCAGUUGUCCUAUAAGGCCCGAGAGGGGGCGUGUCAUGCUGUGGAGGACUAUGUGCGGCGACUUAGGGAAGAAAGCGAGUUGCUCAGGUCGCACUGUUACAGAGCGAUGCUUGAGACCUUCAUCAGAGACACGAGGCCAGAUCUGCGCAGGGCAGGAAUCCAGACCAUCAAGAAAUCCCACCUAUUACCUUUUACGGAAUAUGCUCGUUUGGGUCUGGCUCGGGUUGGACUGCCUCCUGAGUUGCCCCUGGACCUGGGGCGAGUGGAGGCCAUGUUGAAGGAACAGGGCAGGGUGGUGAUGUACUUCAGCCUGUCCCUGCUGCUGGCCCCUGUGGUGGAGACAAUGGUGCUGCUGGAUAGGAUGAUCUACCUCCAAGAGAAUGGUGUGAACAGUCAGCUUGUUCCUCUCUUCAACCCAAACUUCUCUCCAAGAAACUUUGUGCUAGUGGCUUUGAAGCCUUGUGGACAAUGACAACAAAAGGGGAAUUCCCACUUAACCAUUCUUUGUUUUUAGGAAUUUUAAAUAUUGAAUAUUAAGAAAAGUUUUAAGCUUUUAAUCCAUCUGAGCAUCAUGAUCCUGACACAUACAUGUAACACUGUUUAUCACUUAAAGCCUGUAUGACAGCUUAGAGAUGUGCGUGGGUUAGGUAUCAAUUUUCUUUGCAUGGUUUGGUUUCUGUAUAGACAGACAUUAUGUUUGUGGUUUGUUGAAUUGUUUUUAUUUAUUCUAUUUCUUGUGCCAUUUUUAGUAAAGGAGAAAGGGAACAUCAUA